UUACUAUUACUUCAGCUGGAGAAAAAGUUGUCUACCUUGUGGUUUUUCAUCUGUCGUUUGUCAUGUUUGUAUGGUCCUAUUGGAAGACAAUUUUUACACCUCCCGCUUCCCCCUCCAAUGAGUUUUGUUUGUCAAAAGCUGAUAAAGAACAAUAUGAAAGAGAAGAGAGACCAGAAUCCCAGCAAGAAAUUUUGCGAAAAGCUGCUAAAGACUUGCCUAUCUAUACCACAACAGCAUCAAGGGCCAUCAGAUAUUGUGAUCGAUGCCAACUCAUCAAACCUGAUCGCUGUCACCACUGUUCUGCAUGUGAUGUAUGUGUACUAAAAAUGGACCAUCAUUGUCCUUGGGUGAAUAACUGCGUGGGAUUUUCUAACUACAAAUUCUUCCUCCUGUUUUUAAUGUACUCCUUACUAUACUGUCUGUUCGUUGCUGCUACAGUCUUGCAGUACUUUAUAAAGUUUUGGACAAAUGAACUGCCAGACACACAGGCGAAAUUCCAUGUACUUUUCCUUUUCUUUGUGGCUGCCAUGUUCUUCAUCAGCAUACUAUCACUUUUCAGCUACCACUGCUGGCUAGUUGGCAAAAACAGAUCAACAAUAGAAGCAUUCCGUGCACCCACAUUUCGAAAUGGCCCUGAUAAAAAUGGCUUCUCUCUUGGAUGCAGUAAAAAUCUGAGAGAGGUUUUUGGAGAUGAAACAAAGUAUUGGUUGCUACCUAUUUUUACAAGCUUGGGUGAUGGCUGUAAUUUUCCAACUCGCCUGGUGAUAAUGGAUCCAGAGCAACUUGCUGUCUCAAGCCAAAACGAACCUGCCAAAAGCUGUGGAACCAGUCAGCCCUUUCCUGCUAAGCCACUCAGCGAGUCGCAGAAUCGAUUGCUGGCCAGUGAAAGUCAGUGGGCAGAAAGUGGCUCUGAAGAAGAAAACGUUAAAUCAGGUGCAAAAAAGCAUAUUAUAGUUUCAAUGGAAAGCUGAUCUUAACCUGUUACUGGCCAACUAUCUCAAUGAGAAACGGUUUUUGCAACACAUUUGCGCUUGAAUAUUAAUUUUGUUCAGAAGAUGUCCAGUAAAAUGGAACAGUGCACAUGUUACAGAAGAUACAUGAAAAAAUAAGUUUUUGUACAGUACAAUGGAUGCUUGUAAGCACUACUGCAGAGCAGGGAAGUAAGACAGAUGCCUUAAUGUGUGUUUAUGCAACAUUGAAUUCUGUAAUGCUACCAAAGGGUCAAAUCCUGAAGUAUCCUGUAUGGAUGCCCAUGGCCCAAACAGAGUGGACACUAUGCAUUUCUGCUAUGUUCUGAUGGUAGGGAUAGGUCCGCAGAAAACUCAAGCAGACCCCAUCCCACUGUGCACUGCAGAAGCUACUUCCACAGCAAGUCUGCAGCAUGCCAAGAAAGGGAAAAGUAGAUGUGUUGUCCACAAACAGGCCAAUGAGUCUGCACAAUGUAGAUACAUGUGGCCCAAACAUUGGGUGGGAGGAGAACAGGAUGGUGUAUCCUUUCCUCUUCCUAGUACCCAGCAGCAGCUGGUCACAAGCUGCCUACCCAUUACCCUGGUUCUGUAACCCUCGUGGGGCUUGAGAUUUCUCCCUUUAGCCCUUCUUUGUUGCAGCACAAUGCCAAGCAGGUAAACCCCCUCUACUUGGGCUUUGCUUGUUUGAUUUAGGAUUGGGCCCUUAGUCAUUUUAAUUUAAUUUUGUUAAUUGUAUUAGGAAUGUAACGUAAGCUGCAUACAUAUGUUCAAGUGAUCAGGGGUUUCUGUGGUAGAAAAACUUACUCAAAGACCCUGAACAGACAUUCCAAUGCAGUCGCUGAGCAGCCAAGGAACCGUUGUGCACACAUCUUGGGCUCCCCAGUCUACCUGGUGACAAAUAACAACAGCGCACAAGGCAACCUUGAUUGAGUGACCCAAAUUGUCUUGUAGGCUGCAUCUCAGUGCAGCUGCUUGGCUGGAGCAGUAGAAUCCAGCCUGAGUGACACACUGUUUCCCUGGACCCAUGGGGGCUGGGAACAAAGCACACUGGAAUGCUAGAGGAUCCUACAGCUGCAGCUUCUCUUCUAAGGUACAUGUACAGAAGUUCACUCUCACAAGAGAAACUCCCAGGAGCAAUUUAACCAUGGUUGUUCCCAGUUUAUUUUUCUCUUAGAGCAGCCAUUUUUGUUGAGAGAGAAAAAACCUCAAUGUUUAUACUCCUGAUUUCUGCUGGGAGAGAGAAGUGGCUCUCUGUUUAGAAACUGAAUGUCUGUACAUGGCCUUAGUCAAAUUAAUUUUCUUUUAGACCUAUUUUACCUGGAUAAUAAUACUACUUGCCUCUCAACACAAAAAGUUUGCCAAUCCAAAAUGAACUAACAAACCAGCUUAUUUUUCUCUGGCGGGUGCAGAAUGGUCUUGCAAGCCAGUAAUAGAAGGGCAAGAUACUAGUAGCAACAGAAACCAGAUUGCAGUUGUGUAGUGUACUAGAAAAUAGAAUUGGAGAAUAUUGCUUUAUAUAUUGGACUAUUGCUGGUUUGUGAACACUUGUUUUAUACUUUUCAUUUUACCUUUUUAAAUAAAAACAAAGGGUUUUUUAUUGUUGGUUCUGAAGUACCAUUUACAUGGAGUUUGAGUAUCUGAUGAAACUUAAAUGACGAAUCAUACAUGUAUUUAAUCCACUGAAAGUUCAUUGUGUGCUAUGCUCUGUUAUUUUAACUUCUAUUUUAAGUGAUGGCAACUGAAAAAGAUGAACUUGGUGCUUUAUGAAAUGCCGUACUUCAUGAAAGAUGAGGGAUUUUUCUUAGAUGGGGAAUAAAGUUCAUCUAAAGCUCAAGACCUGCAGUAAACCAAACACACCCACAUAUCUUAUUUUUGGAUAGAAAAGCUAAUGCUAGAUAUUUUGCAGUGGUCUGGACACUGCACUCAGCAACAUUUUCACAAAUACUCCUUUCCUUUCCAUUUCUUCUUCAAUAUAUGGUGAACUGACUGGAAGGCAGGUGAGCUGCUGAUCAGAGAGAACAAAGCUGAAGGAACCUGUCUAUUGAGUUAACUUCCUGAAUUGAUUAUUUCUAUGGCUAAUUGUAUCUAGAUCCACAUGGAUAUAGAUAUAUGCACGUUUAAGUUAAUAUACAGCAGAGUUUUGCCUUUGAAAAAAACCUCAUAUCACCUCUAAAAUUUAAAAUUGUAUCUCUUCCUUAAAAAUGCUCCUUAAGAGGGAGAGAAUAAAUUUGAGCCUACAGAUGUUCCUGUGAAAUUAAUGGUCCCAAUUUGAAACUUUCAUAAACUUUGCAGUGUGUUGCAGCAAACUCUUUCCUUGUAUACAAGGGAACAUCUGCCAAGUUCAGCAUCCACAAGAACAUCAGUAUGUCUUCCCUUAAACUACUUUUUUCCUCCCCCUCAAAUAUUGUGUCCAUCUCAUCAGAGAUUGGCAGUCUCUGCUUAGCUAAAAAGAAGAAAAAAGCCUCCAGAUUUCAGUUAUGUUAACAUGUUGAGCUUGGAAAGUUACAGCCUCAGGAGCUCCUCCACUAAAGAUACCUUUUGGCAUGGGGUGUCUGUACUGGGUUGAGAAACAGAAGACUUCGAUUUCAAUGCACCUCUUGCACCAACUGGUGCGAAGGCUGUGAUUGUGCUCAAGAGUUUUAUAAUUCUGGAGGAAAUCCUGCAUUUACCUGACCUGAUCACUUCCGUCUUAGGAAGAGGUAACUGAAGAACUGGGGAAGUUGCACAGGCUAAUUUCUGGCAAAGUUGGGAACAGAACCCAGAUCUGUACUAGAGCAAAGCUUCCUACUCGCCAGUACUGCCUGUUUCUAAGGACUGGCCUGAACACCAUCCUGCUUGGACUGUUCAGUUUAUACCAGCAUAAAUGUGUCCAUCUGUGGCAAGAGUUUAGCAGCAGUUUAACUGGGGUCAUCAGCUAUUAGAACACCACUAAAGCAUGCACUCGUAGGACCUGCCACCAGCCUGCCUGGUGUGCAGUACAUGCCAGAGCAAUGGCAACUAAAAGAGAAGUCUUUUAAGGGUUGCUUCACUUUGUUUGUUUUCCUUAAUCAACAAACUGAAGGAAAACAAAGCUGUUACUUCAAGGUUAUAUUCUAGAGCAGGGCUGUCCAGCUCAUUUGAGUUAGCAGGAAGGAUCCAGACCGGUGAUUCUUGUGGCCAGUCUACCCCCAGCAGCAGAGCAUGCAGCUGUGGCAUUACAUCUUGUGUACUGACCAUGCCCCCACCACUUGCCCUGUUGUCAAAAGUAUUUGUAAUGGGGAUCUCAACCUGGAAAUUGUGCAGCAGGGUGACUAGUGGUGGUUUUAACCCCAAGUGCUGGUCCUGCCAACACAGCAACUCUGGUAGUCACAGGGGUUAACCCCACUGCUACUUACCCUGCCUCAAAAUUUCUGGCCAUCCAACAGGCUGCAAUUUUACCACUGAUAAGGCCACAUGUCACCUAUAGGCCUCCAUUUGGACAGCACUGCUCUAGAGCAAGUUUGGUAUAUCUGUUUUAUAUUGGAACAAUUUACCUAGAUUCGCAGAAGCUUAGGGGUGGAAGGGACCUUGUGAGAUCACUGAGUCUCGCCCCCCUGCUGGGGUCAAAGACUUAUACUGGAACAAUUUUGAUUUUUCUUUAGAAUAAGCUUUGGUCCCAUUUAAUUUAGAAAAUCAAUCCUCUGCUGUGUCUUGAUUUCUGAGCCACUGUAGUGUAAAGUAGUACAAAAAUUUUGUGGAAACAAGCUUUCAUAGAUUAAGCCCAUAUUUUUGUUGAGUGGUCUCCAAAGGCCUGUGGUUUUUCUUUUACAUCUAGAUAAGACACAAUGAACUGAAAUUUCCAUAAAGAACUAGUGCCAUUUCUGGUGCCUGUAGAUCUUUGAGUACCAUAGAUAGGGACCUACCUAAUUCAUGGAGGCUGCCUCCAUAUUUCAUGGUCCCAGCAUGGUGUUGGGCAUAAUUUUUGUGGUGUAGCAUGGCAGGGGCGCCUCCCAUGCCUCUAGCCAAGUGAACCUGGAAGUCCUGCACCUCCCUAGAGAUUGACAGGUCACCAUCUAUAAAUCUGGGGAGGAGCAAGACUUCCAGAGCCCCUCAAUGAAUCUCCACCCCCCUCCCUGCCCUGUAGACUAGGGCUUCCUGCCCUUUUCUAUUUGUAGCUGCCUUUUCCCCCCUCCCCCUGGCUGACUGGCUGCUGCUUCCUGCUUUUUUGAAAGGACCAGGGGUUUUUCGUGGGGGAGCUACCAAAUUCAUGGUUUCCAAAAAAUCGUGAAUUUGGUAGGCCCCUAAUCAUGGGCACUCAUGCUGCAGAUAACAGCACCCUCUUGAGUUGGAUGAAGCAGGGGUUGUCCUUUGAGGUUAAAGCAUCUAUCUGGAAAUCCACUCUCUGUAACAGUGUAAAAGUAAGGAAUCCCCCUCUGAAUAUAGUCACCAUUGCUGGAGAACAGAUUGGCACAAGGAAGGCUAGUUCAGUGGAAGUAUUAUGAAAAUAAAGGUUCAAAAGGUAGCCAUGGGUGACCUAUUGAGUUCACUAGCCAAACUGGUGCCUGUCACUGGGGUGAGGAGUAGGCUCUGUUGCUGUCAGGGGAAGUGGGGGGGAAAGCUGGAGGGCAGAGAAGGUGAGUCAGUAAUAAUACCAUGUUUGGUAAGGAGGGAAGGAAAAUAAGUCUGGCGGCUAUUCUGCAAACUAUUUUCAAGUGUUAUCAACAGAAGCAGGACUUGGAAUAGGUGUUAACCAGUAUGUACAUGCCUUCAGCCCAGGCAUCCCUGUUGAACAGCUCAGAGGCUUCCAGUCACACCCAGCCCACCCUUCCAGGAUCACUGGGUGUUUUCUCCAGAUAAUGUUAUUAUUUUUAUAAACCUGUUCCACAUCUGCAAAUACAGAAACACUGGGGUUGUAGGCAAGUAAUGGUAACAUACGUAAGCCUUCAGUCCUUUCAAAAUGAAUUUUGCAGCCAAUAAUCAGUUAUCUAAGAAUUGCUGAAAUAGUCUGGUACAACAACACUCUGCACACUUUAAUCCUUUUAAAGGUUAGGGGUUUUUUAAUGAAAUGUAGAUAAAAUGUUCCAAGGACAGAAGCCCAAUAUCAGACUCCUGUAUAAGGGUUCUGCAGAUGUCUGAAUCAUUGAGGAUGACAAGCAGUUUGAAUCAGGCAAGGAAUUCCUGGAAAUAAAAUAACUGAGCUUGCUCAAAAGUCUCAGCUAAUGCAUUUGCUUAUGUUUGCCAAUAUUUUUAUGACCUGGUAGCUUCAUUCACAUCUAUGUAGCAUAAUCAGACUGCUUUAUUAUAAAUGGCUUGUCAAUUCUGGGCAAAUUUGUAUGACUGAGGAAGGAAAAAUGACAUGCUGGUCUUUGUUAUCAAUCACUUUCUUGCAAUAACAGAAUUUGACAUCACAAAUUAUGAAGUGAUAUUUUAAGUCAAGACUUCCACUUAAUUGUUCAGAAGGUGACACGAGAAGAAUUGUUGCCAUUGUUACUGUUUUUUAGCUAUCUGAUCAGGAUAUAUGCUGUACUGUUAACCAAUAUACCCAGAAAUGUGUAGUAUACACAAGUGCCAAGCUAGUCUUUAUCUGGUAUAUGUAGGAACUAACACACUGUCAAGCACUUGCACUCACAUGAGUGUUAAAUUUCUAAAUCUUUCAGGUACUGAAUAUUUGUUGCUUUGAUCUUUUCCUGGUGCUUUUUGGGACAAAAUAAUCAUUCACCUUCUAGAUAGCUAACUUCCAGUCCAUGUUCACACCCCAAAUUGAAUUGUACCAUUUUGCUUUUUUAUUUUGUUUACAGACAGUUGUCUGCCUCACUGAUAUACCAUACAGUUUCAGUCAUCUGGAGCCCUAACACUGAAACAAAAGUUGCAUUUGUAGUUAAGGAUAAGGUUAAUGUCGACAGCCAUGCGUGCAUCUCGUUUAAAAGUGACACAAACUAGUGAAAUCAGUCUUCAAUCUAAGCAGUGACUCGCCAAAUUCCAAGAAAUAGCUUUGAAUAUGAAGGGUAUAGACAUGCAAAUAAAUUUACCUCAGAUGCACCUGUGACCACCUCCUUUUUCAGGUGGUUAAUGCAAGGUGGCUUGCCCCUUGCUGAAAGUGGGAUUAGCUACCUCUAGUUUCCCCCAGGUCAGAGUAUGCGCAGGUUAGUGUAGAGUAGCUAGCUCGCUUGUUCUGUAGUAACCUGCUGAAAUUUGACUGCAUAUUUUCCUAUAUGGAGACUGAGCUAUCUGGAACCCAAGCAUACUUUAGGGAUUCAAACAGACAUUUAAUAAGAAUCCAAAUAAGUCCAUUAUUGAAAAAUCUCUAAACACAGGUUGGCAGAGAAGAAUUUUUCAUAGUGCCUGAAAUUUAAUUAAAUAUUCAACGCUCAGAACUUCCUGUAUCGCUACGUGAUACCAAAGAACAGCUGCAGAAUAGUUAUUUAUUGUAAUACCGGACAGGUUUACUAAGUUCAUUUCUAUCAAUGUAUUUGGGAUGCUUUUUGUAUGCAUUUAAUACACAGAUGCUGUAAUAUGUAAUAAAAUGCAGGUGAUAAUUAUAGUUCAUCUUAGAGCUGAUUGUUCAAACUGACAUUAGUUUAGACUAGACAGUGAUAUUGUGCAGUAUUACUUGAAUUUGUUUCUGUUGGUAAAGUGUGACCACAUUUACAAGAUUGUUUAAUAUUACUUGGUUUUCAAAAAAUUAGAUAUUUUGUUUUUCUAACAGAAACUAAGAAGAGUGCUUGGCACUUGUGCAGCUGUGUUGGGAACAAAGUAUUGGAAUCUCCUGCUUGUUGGCACCAAAGAAUUAAUGGUCACCUGCAGAUUUCCUACUGUUGCAGUUCAAUAAAGUGUUCAACAUUUCAUUGUUGACCACUUGUCCUCCUACAUCAGCUCUGGUUGGGUAUUCUGAGGAAAUUAAGGCUUGCCAUAGUAUUUUUAGGAUCAAUCCACAUCUGGUUCAGGAAGAUGCUAGUUGCCAAUUAAAAACUUGCCCCAAUUUUAAAUCAGUUGAUUAUGUAAACUAGAUAUCCCUACAGUUAUCUCUGAAGUUACUCUAGCUUGUGUAUUUGCCAGUGAAUGUCAUCUCCAUUGCACUGUAAUGGCAAAGUUCAGGUGUCUGCAACCAUUUCACUUAUGUAGUUGUCUUUAUUGUGCUGCAUAAACUUGCAAUGAGUUGUAUUAAGUCUGUAUGAGGUUGAUUAUACAAUGAUAAAUAUGUAAUAAAUGAUACUUAUUGUAUUUUUUGUAUAUUGCAGGUAGGAAUAUUCCUAUGCACAAAGAAAACACGUUGCCAUUUAUAGUUUCAUACUUGAAAUAAUUUUUUUAAUGGUUUUAUAAAGGAAGUAAAUAAUACAAAGACACAUCACUUUGCCUGAAGUUCCUUCAUAUUUUUAACUGUAGUUUAUAACCUCCCUGUAUGUGUUGGGUUUUUUCCACCAAUGUAAUCUUAAACCAUUAUUACUGUUGAGUGUUUGCAUUCAGAAUUUUGUAAAUCAAGAUUCAGACUUUCACUCUUAUUUUACCUGAAUUACAUUCAUGUUUAAGGCAAAACUUGCACCUUUUUAGGUCCUUUUUUCCCAAAGUGGUAAACUAUUACAUCAGUGAAUGCAAGAAUAACUUAAUAAAGAAUGUGAAAUAUU